AUGAACCCUUCAUCGCCAGACAUACACAAAACACUUGACAUAAUUGACCAUGUCCACCUUGAACAUCCCGCUUCAGCGUUAUUGCGGGCCUUCCUUCUCGAAGCCGUCCAACCCCAGAGAGCUGCUAAGUACCUACAAGGCCGGCUGAAAGCUGACGGACAUUUUGGUCUUCUUGUUGCCGAUUGGAUUUAUGUUGUUGAUUCAGUCCCCUCGGCCAAGCACCCGCGAUGCCCCUCAGCUGAUGAGAUCAAUGCCAUUACCAAGCGAGACGGAGGUAUAUGCUGCGUCACAGGCAAAAAAGGUAGCUUCUGGGACCCCAUGAUAGUUGCCCCGAUCUUACCUGUGCCAUCUGCAUGGCUCAAAGGAGAGUUUAGAAUGGAGCAUGUUGUCAUUGAUGAUGAGCAUCCUGUGGAUGUGAACGGUGCUAUUGCUUUACUGGGCGACCAUUCACGGCAGGGCAUUGAGAAGGUCGAGGCACGGCUAAUUGGUUCACAUGCCCGCUUCUGCAGAAGCAUCCAGCUUGUGAAUCUUGCAAGGACCAUUGCUCCUGAUCUGUUCUCUGAGCCGAAAACCACCACAUAUAUCCCUCCACAGCAGUUCCCUCUCCGCAUGCGCUCGAGUAAUCUUGGCCUGGGACACCAAUUCAACAAUGACGAGGACGAUUUGAGUUAUCUCCUCAUGAGUAGGGUUCCAGGCACACCAUUAGCGAUAUGUCGGGAUGCGCUUUCUGACCAAGACUACGCCAACCUUUCUGUACAGCUCAAGGACUGUGUAUCGCAAAUGCGGGGCAUAACCAAGCCGACGAGUAAUGAUAUAGCUAUCUGCAAUACCUUGGGCGAAGCCUGCCGAGAUCCACGAAUUCGAGAUUGGUCCCCUAUCGGACCCUUUCCAGAUGAAGCGCCGUUUAGCCAAAAUUUACGCUUCUCAGAUGAGCCCAGCCGGCGUGGACACAAGAUUGUUUUUACCCACGGAGACCUCAACCCUCGCAACAUCAUGAUGGAGCGGAUUAGCAACUCUGCUGGAGCGAGAGGAUGGCGGUUGAGUGGAAUUAUAGACUGGGAAACAGCAGGAUAUUAUCCUGAGUAUUGGGACUACACUAAGAGCAUGUUCGAAAGCUUUCGGUGGCCAAGGAGACAUAACGAUAUGAUGCAAGACGUGUUCAGCGAGUUUGGUGAUUAUAGCGAGGAAUUGGCAGUAGAGAGGCGGGCUUGGGAGUCAGGAGACGGAAUUUGA